GGUCGCCAGACUCGCCUGAUCUGUCUCUGGGCUCAAUCUCCCUCUCCCUCCCACGCAUCUGCCUGUCGUCCUUCUCCACCGAUCGACUCUUCUGCGAGCGAUCGUCUUGGCUGCGAUGAGCACCCUCGCACUCUGCACCCCGCUCCGAGCACCCCGCGGGCUCGUCUUCUGCUCGGAUGCUCGCUUUCUCUCGACCACGCCAACAGUGUUGGUUUCAAUCUCGACCGCCUCAUCCCCCAGAGCCACUGCCUACAGCAACAGCCCAGCAACCUCAUCUGUGUCGCCAGACCGCACUAGACCCCAGCACCGGUGGCCCGUCUCUCGGCUGGCACCUCGGUCGCAUCGGCUGAAGAGCACAGGCGGCGAGCCUUUGACGCAGCAACACAACGACGACCACAGCCAUUUGCAUCGGUUGCCUCCUGCCCAGCACCAAGCGGAUCAUGCCGGCAGCCACACCCACAGUGGCGGCCAUCACCACCAUCACCACCACCAUGGUCUUCACGAUUCGACACAGGAAGGACACUGGAUCACCAUCGUCGGAUUGAUCUCGAAUGUCGGGCUCACCGGAAUCAAGGGCGCGGCCGGUGUCAUGUGGAACUCGGCAUCACUGCUUGCUGACGCUCUCCACAGCGCAUCCGACCUAGUUGCCGAUUUCGUGACGCUCUACUCGUUCCGUCGAGCACGGACCAAGCCCGACAGCAACUUUCCGUACGGAUAUGGCAAGCUCGAGUCGGUCGGGUCGCUCGUCGUAGCCGGCAUCCUGAUUGCAGCGGGCGUUGGGGUCGGAUGGCAUUCGUAUGACUUGCUCUCGACGAGCUUGACCCAGCGACAGGACACAUCCGAGGCAAAUGGCAGGACCCAGGGCCACAAUGACGACGCCAGCAACCAAAACAAAGCCGGUGACGAUGAGUCCGAUGCCGAGUCACUCAUCCGCUCCAGACUGAUUGAAAUGUCGCCGCUGGCGCUCCUGAUCGUUGGCCUCGGCAUCUUUGGAAAAGAAGCACUCUACCACUUGACCGUCCGCGCCGCCCGCAAAGCCAAGAGCGACGUUCUCAUGGCCAACGCCUGGCACCACCGAAGCGACGCUGGAUCUUCGGUUGUUGCCCUGGUCGGCGUUGGUGGCGCUGCCCUUGGGUUUCCGCUGCUCGACCCUAUCGGCGGUAUUUUGCUCUCAGGCAUGAUCUUGAAGGCCGGCAUCGAUUCCGGUGUUCCAGCGUUCUGGGAACUGAUUGAUGCGUCUGUUCCGCCAACGACGCUCCACCAAGUCCGAGCAUCACUCCACGAUACUAUGGUCAGGGACUCAAACAUUGUCUCGUACGGCUCGCUCAGGGGCCGCAAGAUGGGGCCAUACAACCUCGUGGACCUGCAGUUGCAAGUUAAUCCUCACAUUAGCGUCUCGACUGCUCAUCAGAUUGCCGAGAACGUGAGACACCAAAUCACGAAGGACGUCGAGGAUAUCAGCGAGGUGCUCAUCCAUGUCGACUGCUCCAAGCACAGCCACGUCCACCCCGCCGUCGCCACGACCGAGUCGACUUCGGACAUCGAGAGGCGCAUCCAUGAAAUCGCACUGCGGGGCGUCGCCGACCAGGUCUCGAAGAUUACGCAUCUGACGCUCCACUAUCUCGGCGAGGGCAUCCAGGUCCACGCCGACCUCGAGCUGAUCGAUAACGCGACGACGGUGGCAGAGGCCUCCGAGAUUGCCAAGAAGGUGCGCGAGAACAUCAUGUCGGUCGAGGGCGUGUGCUGCGCUGACAUCCACCUGGAGAUCUGAGUGGUCGGGAUAUCCGCGCAAUACAGGUGUUCGUCAUCACCACCGACGGCGAUGCAAG